AUGCCUUAUUUAGAUAUAAGCGUAACUGAAGUAAUUGAGCACAUGUCUAAUGAGCCAAUAGCUGGAUCAUCGGGCAUACAGAAAGAUGUUAAUGAUUUUUUGGUUGAAACUGUAAGACCUCUACCAAAAGCUCCACCACGAGUUCCAUCUAAUCGUAAACGAGCCAGAAAAUCUGCUAUUCUCACCGAUACACCAGAAAAAAUUGCUUUAGAAGAAGAACAUCAUAUUAAAGAACUGAAAAAAAGGAAAAUGACAGAAAAGAACCAGAAUAAAGAGAACAAAAAAAAUAAAAAAAAGGGUCAAGGCAAAGGUAAACGCAAGAUAGAGGGAGAUAGAAAAAUAAGCAAAGACGAAAAAAUUCAGGAGGUGAAGAAAAAAAUAUUAAUAGAAACCAGUGAUUCUGAUGAAGAUAAAUAUUUUUGUAUUAUUUGCGGUAUCUCAUAUAAUGAAGAUCAAUCAGGUGGUGAUUGGAUACAAUGUAUCUCUUGUAAAGACUGGGCCCAAGCUGGGUGCAUCAAAGGUGAUGUCACAUCAUUCAUUUGCCUAAAUUGCAAUUCGGAUGAUGAUGAGUACGAGUAG